AGCAAAGGCAACGGGCCGUGCGAGUUGCAAGCCACAUGGCAUGUUGUUUAUUGUUCAACAAUUCAAUUCAUUUAAAUUAAUUAGUAUGCAAUAAAAAAUAAAUCAAGAACAAUUGCUGUGAAAAUAUAUCAAAACGAAUAGUCCCCCAACCGAAUAUUAGUUUUAAUAGAAAGGAAAUUCUUUGCAAAAAAGCCCAAGCCAAUCACAACAUGCGUCAACAUGGUUAACCACUCAGCAACAGCAACAACAUCAACAACACUGGGCGGGCAUUGCAACAAUUUGGCGAUAACGCCAACGCCAAGCCCCCAAUUAUCGAAGCGCAAAAUCUCGCACAUUUACGGCGCUACGCCCCCACCGACGCCCAUCAACGAAAAUGACGGCCCAUGGAAUGCAUCGCUAACAGCAGCAAUACCAGCAACAACAACAACAACAACAACUGCAACAACUACAACAUCAACAACAACAACAGCUGCUGCACCAACAAGCGAUAUCAUUGGAGAUGUUGUGGGAAACUUUGGCAUUUGGCAGCUGCGUACCAUCCUCAUCAUAUUUCUAUGCAAAAUACCCGCCUCCUGGUUCAUGGCCUGCAUAAUGUUUACGGCUCCCGAACUGUAUCCGGGCACGGAAUAUAGCUGUGACAUCAGCCAGUAUGGCAGCAGUUCCGCCAACCUCAGUGUCACUUCCAAUCAGUGCUUUGUAAUAGAUGCGUCCUCGGGCAGUCGCAGCGAAUGCGAGCAUUUCAAUUAUAUGUCCAGCUUCGACUCGCUUAUCAUGCAAUUCGAUUUGGUUUGUCUGCGCGAUAUCUUCAUUGCCUGGACCCAGUAUUGGCAUCUGUUUGGCGUCCUUGUCGGCGGACUGACGGCCACUUGGAUGAUGCGCACCAUAAGUCCGCGCUCUACUUAUUGUGUGGGUGCUGUGGCCCAGAUUCUGUGUGGAGUGGUCACAGGAUAUGCGCGCGACUUUAGUCUCCACUGCGCCUUUCGCUGUCUCUCUGCGGUCUGUUGUGCCAUUAUGUUCACGGCCGGACAAACUAUAUUUGUGGACAUAACGGCGGGCAUGCAUCGGAUUGGCGCUAUUAUUCUCUAUGACACCUUCUGGUCGAUUGGUGUUAUUUUAUUGCCUGGCCUGGCAUCAUUCUUCAGCAGCUGGACCUUCAUCUAUUUGGGCAUUACGUUCCCCACAGUUCUGCUCAUUUUGUUGCUCUACUGGACCCCAGAUUCGCCGCGUUGGCUCCUCAAAAAUGCCAUCGACCACCAUUCCAUUGACUUUGUGGAGCGAAUUGUGCGCGAAGGCGCUGAGAUCAAUGAUCGAUCCUUCAAAAUACCGCCCGAUUUCAAUCAGCAACUACAGCGGUUAAGUGAGAGGCUUAAGGCACAGCCUCCAGCGGCUGCUUGGCGCCAACUGUGGAGUGGAAAGCGGGCCAAGACGCACAUGAUCGCCGCUCACGUGGCCCUCGCCUGCUUCAUCAUCAACUUCAUGGGCAUGCUGCUGAAUAUUCGCUCCUUUGGGCGCGAGUAUGUUGUGCCCAAUUCCAUUGCCAUGGGUUUCUCGGAAAUCAUUGGCUGCUUUCUGGCCCUACAUUUUACGCUGCAACACAAUAAAUGGAAAUGGCAAUGGGCGGGAGGCUUCAAUAUCAUUGCGGGCCUGCUCGGCUGUCUGGGUUGGCUGAUCUCAGGCUCCAAAUCUCUAAAUGCUGAGCUGGCCGUCACACUCUGGAUGAUCCUGGCGACGAUAUCCAAGUCGGCUGUCUCCUGCGCUCAGUCCAUGAUCCUAGCAUGCAUGAACGAACUAGUGCCGGCCAACAAGAAGCUACCCUUUGUCCUGUCCGUUGUCACCUGGGCUCGUGUCUGGCUGCUCUCGGCACCCUUUUUCAAUGUACUGAAGAAAAUCGACACGGCCCUCUCCUUGACCUCAUAUUGUAUCUUUAGCAUUAUUGGCGGCAUCUGCACGUGCCUGCUGCUAACGCCAAGGACUCACGUAGCCCCAGUGUCCACCCAAGCAGAGCUGUGUAAUAAUAAAAAGGAGCAGUCGCCAUUGAAUGCGCCCGUCUGGACAAUCGAAUCGGAUGUUCAUAAUACGCGUUUGUGAAUGACUCAAAGUACAACUUUGAGAUAUAGCUUUGGUUCGGUUCAUAAAAGACCAUUCUCUGUGAUUAGUUUAAGUGCAGCUGCAAAUUUCAGAUACCCCUGUGAGGCAUUAUAAUAAAGUACUCAAUAUGUUCGAAAAGAA